UCAAGUGGUAUAAAAGGAGAGAGGAGGCAGAGUAGAGGUGCACAGCAACUUGCACAGGUUCAGAAGACGUCAGCAGAAGAAUAGAAAAUGAAGGUCUUUGCUUUUGCUCUCCUGCUCCUGGUGACCAUCACCUACGGUGAGGCACUGCAGUGUCACAACUGCGUCCGUGAGGCUCCUGACAGUGGAGACUGUGUGGACACUGUGGAGACCUGUCCACCAGAGAUGGACACCUGUGCCAAAAUUACCUACCCUGCCCCUUAUGAGAACACUUUCCACAAGUCCUGCUUCAAGAUGGUCGAGUGUCUGAAGCUGGGACUCACUCAGGGUCUGAAGGUCAACUGCUGCAACUGGGACGGCUGCAACAAAUAAGACUCCACCUGGACUAUGAAUUGCUUUAUGUGACCCAGUUAAAAGCACAAUAAAAACUUAAAGCAUG